AUGGUCGUUGCGGAUCUGGUGGAACAAGUUGGAUAUGCACUCCGUGAAUUUUACGCGCUGAAUGGCGGUGUUCGAAUUCAUCUGAUACCGUCAUGGGCUGUACAAGUGUUUGCGUUGUGUGGUAUAUUAAUUAUAGUGGCACUUUUGGUCGAAUGGUAUAUUGUCAGACGUAAAUUGGCCGUUAAACGAACAAUGUCCUCGAUACAAUUGAGUGCAGCUCGAAGUAAAACGCACUUGAUGUUUUGA